CCGACCUUACAUUUACCGUCAAUUCCGACGGUUUUUUUCCAACAAAAGACAAUUAAGGCCGUCAAAAUCGCCGUCAGUCGCACCGACAGAAAAAAUUACAGAUACCUCAGAACAGCCCCCCUUUGCAAAUUUGACAAGUUCAGAGUUGCCUGAAGUUACAGUCAUCAGAGACCCAGUCGCCGUCAACUCACGUGCAUUCUUCUUUACUCUCUCAGAACACCAUAAAAGCGAUUCUGAGUCGAAUUUUCUCUGGGAAGAAAAAGGAAAUCGACAAUGGUUAAAGAGCAGCAUACAGAGAAGGCAGGGGAUGCGUCAAUUGACAGAAAAUCCAGAGUGAAAACGAGCCCUUACAGAGGGGUUCGAAUGAGAAAAUGGGGAAAAUGGGUGUGUGAGAUAAGAGAGCCGAACAAAAGGACGCGCCUCUGGUUGGGAUCAUAUGCCACUCCUGAAGCCGCCGCCAAAGCUUAUGAUACCGCCGCCUUUUAUCUCAGGGGAAAAUCUGCUGCUCUCAAUUUUCCGCCUGAUGUUUUCGGAGGUCUCGAGUUCGAAUCUCCGCCGCCAGAAAUGACGCGCCAGGAUAUUCAGAAGGAGGCCGCCAGGGCUGGUGCAGCUGUAGACGCUGCCAUGGUUGCUGUUUCUCUUCAUUGUGAGCGUGAAGGUUCUGGUUUCGAACAUCAGCGGGGGAAAUUUGAAGGGGAGAAAUUGUGUGAAGAUUUUAGAGCAGGAGAGAUUUCUACCAGGAAGGAAAUGAAGCCUGUUUUGUUUCAGUAGUUUAUGGUUCUAGACAGGGUUACAAAAUUAGUGUUAAUUGAUUUUUUCGAAAAAUCAAAGCUACAAUCUGUAAUAUUUGACAAAUUUCGUGUUAUUGGGCUGAUUAUGAUCAAUAAUCUUUUGACAAAUUUCGUGUUAUUGACUUUUCAUGCGGUUUAACUGCUGGUUUUUUUAUAUAUAAUGAGACCCUAUUAGUACUUAUGUUAAAGGGUAUUUGGUUUA